AUGACAGAGAUGUUUGGGUCCAAGGAGGAUUUCGGUUGCCCGAAAUAUUCAUCGGCAGACAGUUACAUAGGAAUUUUGUCUGCCUUCAACGGAGAAAUUCAGCAUUCGAAGCUUUCCCGCAACAGCGAUUCAUUGGUGAGUUUAAUAAACCCGAUACCGAGCCGCAAUUUUUUUCAUUUUGUUCAUUCAGCGCUCUAAUGUAAACACUAUUGAAUUUAUACACGGGGAUGACAUUGUGCGACGAUUAGAGAUGUCAAAUUGUGCCAUUUUAUAUCCUUAUCGCUCUUUGAAACUGCAAAACGAAACGUUUCCAAGAGGGGUCUUUGAUCUGCUCGUGAAAGUAGGUGCUCAAUUUUAUUUCUAGUUUUAACUGGAAGUACUUAGGAAACUGAGGUCAAACAGUUAGUCAUUAAAUGGCCUCCGCUGAGCUCGGUGAAGAAUGGUUACAGCACCUAAGCGUAAAGCUUAUUCGAAGACGUGGCACUGACCACUCGCAAACCGAUUUUCUUAAAUCCGACCGACAUUUUCAGAAUCGCGAAAAAUUAAGCCAAACUACCAGUGAUUAAUUAAAAGCUGAUGAUUAGGAAAAUGUUGGCCAACACCAGCUAUUAAGUUAACUUCUAAGCCACGUCAGUGAGGCGCUCAUCAAACUAAAUUGUUUUGACGACCUAAAUUGAAAUGUAUCUUAUAUGGAUUUUACGCCGCGAAGGAUCCUAUAGAAAGUUAUUAAUUUGAUUGGACACGACUUGAGGUAAAAUACACCUUAAUAUUUGGUAUUUCCUUUCCCUGUGGCUUUUUUAAUAUCAGUUUCUGCCUGACAAACAUAAGUGCUUCCGAUGUUUACAAACGAAAAUUAUACUUUUUUUCAAAAUUGUUGCAUUUAAUACGUACAUUUCUCAGGUAACAAUAAAUUCGUCGCAAGUAAUGUAACGCCAGAAUUGUUAAAUCCUUUUAGAAUACGAAUCUUUUGUUGGUGUAUUGACAAACAACAGCUAUAUAGAUUGUCAAAAGCAUACUGAAAGGACCUUGACUAAUCUUCAUAGCUAAGAGAUUAACAUUUUUUGUCGCUGAUUAUCUGACAGGAAAAAACAAGACAAAUAAAAGAUCGUCUCAUCAAAAUAGAUACACAGCUUAACUUUUCAUUCUAA